AUGGGCCGGCUUCUCCUCCCUCUCUCCUCCAGUCUCGCCGUGCUGCUCCUACCGGGCGUCCUCGCUGCCGGUUUGGGCCCAAACCACAACCUUCCAUCGCUGGUUGUGACGGUGGCAAGCCUCUGCGCCCCGGGCUUCUUCAUCCCAGCUGUCUCUGGCUACGUCCUACCCGCGGCACCCUCGGGCGAGAAGCUUACGUGGAGACGCGACUCUCUCCUCCCACGUAAGCACGAGCACACCGGCCACAAAAAUAAAGACACAGGCAACCAGACUACAACCGCCGACGAUGCCGCCGCCGCGUGCAUGGCUUCCGCCAUGGAAGCCGCGGUCAACCAGACCGGCAUUGCCAACGUCACCGAGGCCGUGGCUAUGAGCAACACCACCAUGUCCGCCAUCGCGAGUGCCUGCGCCGGCAACUCGACGGAUCUGGUCCAGGCGGUGGCUGCGGCGGCGUCGAACGAGACCGCAGCGGCCUCACUGGCCUCGACGAACGGCACCAGCGACGCUAUCGUUGGUGAUGGUUCGUCUUCAACCAAUUCCUCGUCGUCAUCGUCGGCUGAAGCCGGAACUGGCGAUGGAAGCGGGGACGGAAACGGAAACAAUGGCGGUGAUGGCAAGGGUCGAGGCAGAAAUGGCAACGCCGGCGCAAACACGAGCAGCAACGACUCCGUCGGCGCGGUCAUCGACGACGUGUUAGAAGUCGUCGGUUCCGUCAUUGGGGAGCGAAGCUCCUCCGACGAUGCCGUCAAGAAAGCCAAGCGCGACAGCAAGUAUCGUGACAACGUGGUGCGAAAGAAGUGGGUGGCCGGUCUGGAUGAGAGGGCAUUUUGA